AUGUCCAACAUAAGAGACGAAAUUGCACAAUCUCGACAAAUUUCAACAACAACAAACCAAAAAUCUAAUGAGAAAAAAAUUGAAAAUACUGGAAUUCCAGAACAAUCAAAUGAUGUACCAUUUAAAGUGAUACACUUGAUGCAAUUUGACAAUGGAAUGUUCAAUCCUUAUCCUAUAAUUCAUGAGAGAAAAAAAUGUUCUAAAAUAGACAACAAAUUGGAUAGAAAUGAAAUUGAGGAUGAAACAGAAGAAGAAUUGGAAAGACAAGAAGAAUUGCAAAGGGAUGAGGAGUUGACAAGAAUAUUGAGAGAUGUUAAGUUGCCUGGCAUAUCAGCUAUAGCAACAGCUGCUGCAGCAAUUGCUGAAAACCUACCAGCAGCAACAACACCCAAAAAACCUGGGCGUCCAAGGGCUGCAACUGCAGUUGCAGAGAAACCUGCUGAGAAAACAGGGCGUACAAGGGCUGCAGUUAUUGGGAAAGCAGGCCAAAAAGAGGAUGAAGAACAAGAAGAAGUCCCUGCAACAAGUUCUGCUCCUGCAGAAAAGAAAAUUCUUAAAAAAGUAGAACAAAAAGACAGUGAGGAUCCAGCUUUUGAUGCUGAAAAAGAAGAAGAUGAAGAAAGUGAGGAGGUGGAAGUAGUUCAAGAAAAGAAAACAACAUUGAAAAAACCAAAAGCUGAAGAAAAAAGAAUGGUUCUGUAUGAGAGGGAACCAAUAAAAAAGAUUGUGAAGAGGAAAACUGAAUUUUCAGUGGCUAAAAAAAAGAAGAGGAGGAAGAAAAGAAUGAAGAGGAAGUUGGAAGUUCGACAAGAGGAGGCCAUGUCAAAUUCAUGCAUUGGGUUAAGAAAAUGA